CGGACCUGUUGAGAAGAAUGAAAUACACCUCAGCGAUCGGUUCGCUUAUCCGCAAACGAGUCGCCACAGGCGCUAAGCUUAUGACGCCCUUCAUGUCUGUGCUGCUGAUGGGAUUAUUCAACAUAGGCCUGUUGGAUGUAAGUCUCAGUGGUGUGUAG